CACUUCAUGCUUCCAUCUGUGUCCAGCAUCUUUCUGAAGUGUUUCAGGGAGAGUUUAACAGCUUUGCAUUGGAAGAACUGUGCAAUGAAGACAUCAAUGAUGGAUCUUAAAGUGGAACCUAUGGACAUUGAUUACGACCAGCCGCCUCCCCUGCAAGUGUUCGCUCACACCUCGACUCUGCAUGGCAUCUCUCAUAUCUUCUCUUAUGAGAAGAUCACGGCCAAAUGCUGCCUCUGGGUGGUGUUUUUCCUCAGCUCUUUGACCUUUCUCAUGUACGUCUGCGUCGAUCGGAUUCAGUUCUACCUGGAAUACCCUCACGUCACCAAGCUGGACGAGAUCACGACGCCCGUGAUGGUCUUCCCCGCAGUGACGAUUUGCAAUCUCAACUCCAUCCGCUUCAGCAGGAUCACACGCAACGACCUGUACCACGCGGGGGAGUUGCUGGCGCUGCUGAACUCGAGACAUGAGAUUCGGGACUCUCACCUGGUUGAAGAAAGCGUGAUGGAGGUUCUCAAGAGCAAAGCAGACUUUCGCCUAUUCAAGCCACGACACUUCAACAUGUGGGAGUUUUAUAAUAGAACAGGACACGACAUUAAAGACAUGCUGCUGUCCUGCCAGUUCCGAGGCUCGCCGUGCCGACCCGAAGACUUCAGCGUGGUGUUCACGCGUUACGGGAAGUGUUACAGCUUUAACUCUGGUGACACCGGCCCACCGCAGAUCAGCGUGAAGGGAGGGAUGGGAAACGGCCUGGAGAUCAUGUUGGACAUUCAGCAGGAUGAAUAUUUACCUGUGUGGGGAGAGACAAAUGAGUCGUCAUUCGAGGCGGGAAUCAAAGUUCAGAUUCACAGUCAGGACGAGCCUCCGUUUAUAGAUCAGCUGGGCUUCGGAGUUGCUCCAGGAUUCCAGACGUUCGUUUCCUGCCAAGAGCAGCGACUGAUGUAUCUUCCUGCUCCGUGGGGGAGCUGCAAGUCGUCCCCGCCAAGCUCGGAUUACUUCAAGGCGUACAGCAUCAGCGCCUGUCGAACUGACUGUGAGACGCGCUACCUGGUGGAAAACUGCAACUGCCGUAUGGUGCAUAUGCCUGGUGAUGCGCCUUACUGCACCCCUGUGCUAUAUAAAGAAUGUGCACAUCCAGCACUUGAUUUCCUUGUGGAGACGGACAGCGACUACUGCUCAUGCGAGACUCCGUGCAACAUCACACGCUACAGUAAAGAGCUGUCCUUCGUCAAGAUCCCCAGCAAAGCGUCUGUCAAAUACCUCGCAAAGAAGUACAGCAAAUCUGAGAAGUACAUAACUGAGAAUGUCCUGGUGCUGGACGUGUUCUUUGAGGCUCUGAACUAUGAAACCAUCGAGCAGAGGAAAGCCUAUGAGGUGGCUGGUCUGUUGGGUGAUAUCGGAGGACAGAUGGGGCUUUUCAUUGGAGCCAGUAUUCUUACGAUUCUGGAGCUUUUUGACUAUCUUUAUGAGGUAAUGAAAUACAGGUUGUGCCGCUGCUCCGACAAGAAACAUCACAACAACAACAACACUGAUCACGGCACUGUACUCAGCCUGGAUGACGUCAAAUGCCAUGUCAGUAAAUUCCAUUAACAUUCCCGCAAUAUUCCAGCUGUUUGCCUGCCAGUCAUAUUGCGAUUAUGUUAUACAUUUUAGCAGAUGGCAUCGCGACACCAGCACGGUUGUUUUCUACAGAUUGUUCUGGCAUCUUGUGGUUGUUACUCUCUCUUUCUCUCUUAUGCCUAUGAAUGAAAAUUUUCUAGUAUUUUUCCAAAAAUGUUUUGUGGUUUUCUGAACAAGCCGAUUUUGAUUUUGUCUCUAUAAGGCAGGAAUGUCAAAACCGUUAAAUAUGAUUUAAAUGGUUGGAUCUUUGUGUGCCUGGCCUUUUGCAACAGAAAUGCGUCUAGCUUGAGGGGUUACUGUGUCAUAUUUGAUUAAUUCUGUGUAUCUUAAUAGCUAUGGCUGUAAAUGCAUUGUGACAGACUAUUCAUUGCACAAGGUGUUGAAAGAGGGAGCACCAGUUUGAAGGCCUGUAGUUGCUACUUGCUAUGAUAUGAGCAUGAUAUCAUCGGCCCAUGUCAGAUCAGAGAGACUAACCCUAGAUAUUCCCAGGGGGUGCAUGUGAGCUUCUGUCUGCAGUGUCACGUUUGUUUCGGGAGCUGGACUGUGUGUGCAUGUCUGUAAAUGCGUCUGUUAACGUUGUGUGUCAUUGCUCUCUGUGUGUGUGUGUGUGUGUGUGUGUUUGUGCAAGCUUGACUGCAAGUGCAUGGAUGUGUUUGUUUGUUUGUUAGGUUCACACAGAACGAGUUUUUGCUGUUAAAAA